AUGUCAAAGCAAUUGCCAGUUAUCAAACUGGAAAACUGCCUUGUCCGACCUCUUAUGGAUAAGGUUUCCAAGCCUUUGUUCCCUAAUCCAAUCAAUCUCACCAUUAACCCCAACGAACGCUGGGCAGUCACUGGGCCUCGCAAACUUGACCUUCUUAGCGUCAUUGGCGCAAAACACAUCCCAACACCUGCUCUCUCCCGUACAUACCCCUUCUUGGAAAACUCUAUUUGGCCUUCCCAAGCCAUUCAGCUUGUUGAGUUCAAAGGUUCUGUUCUUGCUACUCAUCUUUCCGCUCGCUACGAACACUUUCGCGAUGAAUUCGAUAUCCCUUUAAGCGAAUACCUGGGCCAAACAUUUGGAACCCAGGCAGGCCCAAAUAAAGACAAAAUUGAACAUGCCAUGAAAGCCCUCAAGCUUGAUGAAUUCCAUAACCGUUGGAUUGUCGGUCUCAGCAAUGGCCAAAUGCGCCGUGCCCGUCUAGCAAAAGCUCUUCUUAAGGAACCCCGUCUUUUGCUCAUUGACGAGCCCUAUCUUGGUCUCGACCCUCCAUCCCGUAAGAUUCUUUCUGAAAUUCUUGGUGCUCUUCCUCCUAAUCCCCAUGUUGUUCUUGGACUCCGCAUUCAAGACGAAUACCCCUCUUGGAUUACCCACGUUGCCAUCACCGAUGCCAAUGGCGUUGACCGCCAAGGUCCAAAGGAAGAAAUCUUUGAUUACCUUGAGUUUUUGAAGCAAAAGGAAGUCGAUGCUGCCCGUAUUAUUGCAAAGAAAUCCAAGCGUGCUCGCGAACUUGAAUUCACUGCUGAAAAGAAUGAAGAGGUUAUCAAACUAGACAAAGUCUCUAUUGGCUACCGUGGUCAGGUUGUUUUGGAUGAGCUGGAAUGGUCUGUCAACAAGGGUGAAAAGUGGCACUUACGUGGUGACAAUGGUUCUGGCAAAAGCACUCUUGUUUCUCUUUUGACGGCUGACCACCCUCAGUCUUGGAAUUCUAAGAUUGUCAUCAAUGGUGAGCCUCGUGAAACUGGAAAGCACAACUAUUUCGACAUUAAUGACGCCAUCGGCCAUACCUCUCCUGAAAUCCAUGCCAUUUUCCCUUCCAAAUACACUGUUUUUGAUUCCAUUGCCACUGGCUACAUUGUGGGUUCUAUGAUUCCUCCCAAAAACUUGACCUCAGAACAAACCAAGAACAUCAAUGACCUGAUUGAAGAGUUUGAACUGGACCCCACUGCCAAGCUUUACGAUCUUUCAUUAAGUGACCAAAAAACUGUUUUAUUCUUAAGAAGUGUUGUCAAGAAACCCGAUCUUUUGAUUCUUGACGAAGCUUUUUCAGCAAUGGAGAGCUGGCGCGUCGAGCAAUGUAAGGCCUUUAUUAACAAUUGGUCCGGCACCGUUAUUGUGAUUGGCCACAUUGACGACGAAAUUCCAGUGUGCGACAAGUACAUUCGUCUGCACCCCAAGGGCGGCAAGCCUGAAGUUGGAGCAAUCUCCGAAUAA